AUGCAAGAUUUUCCAACCGAGACUGGUGAGAUGUUAUCCAUCGGUUCCUGCGGCCGAAGAAAGCAGGAGGCUGGGGUAGGAGAGGACUUGACACAGGCGGACGAUGGCGGGCCCGAGGCAGAUCACCUAGCGGGUUGUUCCUUGUUAAGAGAGGCUGGCAACAAACCAGUGGCCGUCAACCAAGACGAACUCAUGAUGGAACAGAUGCAAUCCUGGCCAUACCGAAGGGAUUGGCAAGCGGGAAGCAAGUUCUACCAGAAGGCAUGGACAGACCUUGCGGAUGCAGGUACCACGAGGUGCAUAACGAUGAUUGCCCGAGGAGUCGGUUCGAACAUGACACGCGAAAUUGCAAACUCGGCCCUUGAGCCGCUAUUGAUAUGGUUUCACAUCAAACACAUUUGA